AUGGAGAGGCCUUCCUUGGAUAUUAACCUGCCUGACGCUCAUGAAGAAGGAAAACUUUAUGUAGUUGAUUCCUUAAAUAACCUAAACAAACUAAAUGUUUGUCCAGAUGGAUCCCAGCAUGCGCUAGAUGAGGAAGAGAACACUGAUGGUACUGGAGAAAAUACGGCAGGGAGCAACAUAAGUAACCAAUGCUUGUUCUUCGUCAUCUUUAUUCUUACUUUGAUCGUCAGUUUGGCACUUGUUUCAUUUGUAAUAUUCUUAAUAAUUCAAACUAGAAACGAGUUGGACCAAAUAUCAAGCAGACUAAUAUCUGAAAAGAAGAACAUAGAAGAUCUUAAGAAAAUGAACAAGAUUAUAUUAAGGCAUCUAAAUCAAUCAGGAAUUAAGGAAAAGGGGAGACAUCUCUUCAUACGGUCUCCUGAUCUUCAUGCUGAGCCGAAAGUCCCUGGAGAAUAG